AUGGCCAGAUCCCUGGUAUGGUGGCCUGGUCUAGAUAAGGAGAUAGCUGCGUUGGUGGCUUCCUGUGUCAUCUGCCGGAAGACUGCACAUAGACCUCCUCAAUCUGCCACUUCGGUUUGGCCUCUUCCAACUAAGCCAUGGGAGCGCUUGCAUGUUGAUUAUGCUGGUCCUGUGGACGGAAGAAAUUUUUUAAUCAUGGUGGAUGCUUAUACCAAGUGGCCAAUGGUUAAGGUGGUAUCAGAUCUUACUGCGAGCACGUUGAUCACUCACAUACGAAACUCUUUUGCAGACUUCGGCACUCCAGAUUUAAUUGUCUCUGACAAUGGAACCCAGUUUACUUCCAAAGAGUUUGCAGAAUUUCUAAAGAUGAAUGGAGUUCGCCACUUGACAUCUCCCCCAUGGCAUCCAGCGUCAAAUGAAGGUGACACCCAUGCUAGAGUGGCUAGAUGUUUAAAAGCUAUGAGAACGAUGCCUCACGCCACAACUAACCUCUCAGCGGCAGAAGCUUUGUUUGGACGUCGUCUGCCAUCCACCCUGACCAAGCUCCAUCCUUCGUCAAGGACUUCUGAAAAGCCUGCGCCUCCACCUCUCCCUCCAGGUUCCAUCAAGGAUAACGAAGGAGGCAGGACUUACGUGGUGCUUCUCCAUGAUGGUUCCGUGCUGCGAGUUAGUGUUGACGAAGUUCAGCGCCGCCUCGAACACCACAGUACUGCCCCACCCCCUCCUCCUCCUGAGGAGCCUCAGGCGGGACCAGUUCAAAAGGACAAGGAGACUCCAGCUACUUCAAACCAGUCUGUCAAGGAUGAUAGUAGCAGUGGUGUACCAACAGGAGUGGUAGUAACUUCCCAGCCCACUCAGCCAAUGUUGGCCAUUCUACCACCCCCAGCACCUACUGGAUCAAAUCAGAAGACCAGCCCCGUCAACAAGGACUCAACUCCAGGGGGUUCCAACAACGGCCGAGGUCGAGGUAGAGGCCUUAUUGUCCGAGAGAAACCAAAAGGAACCAGGAAGGAGACUUUCUCACAUGUCUUCAAGGAGCAAGAGACGAGGAGUGGUCGUCGUACAAAAAUACCACAACAAUUUGCUGAUGUUUGA